AACAACAACAAGAAGAAGUGUUUGUUUCUGCAGUGCUUAGUGGAGAGAGCUCAUGUCUCACAUAGCAGUGGAGAGAAACAGGCGCCGCCAAAUGAAUGAACACCUCAAAGUCCUACGUUCCUUGACGCCACCUUUCUACAUCAAAAGGGGAGACCAAGCUUCAAUAAUAGGAGGAGCAAUAGAGUUCAUCAAGGAGCUGCAUCAAGUUCUUCAAUCCUUAGAAGCAAAGAAGAGAAGGAAAAGCAUAAGUCCUAGUCCUACCACACCAAGUCCUAAGCCUCUCUUGCUCCUCCCUCCACCACAGCAAAUGAGCCUGAGCCUGCCUUUGGACAGCCCUCACUCCAUUGACACUUUGAAGGAGCUUGGUGCAAGCUGUAACUCUCCGGUGGCUGAUGUUGAGGCGAAGAUUUCCGGCUCUAAUGUUCUCUUGAGAACACUAUCUAAGCGCAUUCCCGGGCAAGUUAUCAAAAUCAUCACUGUUCUUGAAAAACUGGACUUUGAGAUCCUUCAUCUUAAUAUUAGCAGCAUGGAGGACACUGUGCUUUACUCCUUUGUUAUCAAGAUUGGACUUGAAUGCCAACUCAGUGUGGAAGAACUAGCCCUUGAAGUGCAGCAAUGUUUCUGUCAGGAUGUUGCCUACUAAACAUAUAUAUAUAUGUUAGGUUUCUUACAGUUGAAGCACAAAUAUAUAUAUAUCUAUAUAUAUAUAUAUCAAAGAUAUCUAUCAAAGACGGGGUAUAAGAUGUUAUGAGAACAUAUAUGGUAGUGGGUAAGCUUUCAAGAAUAUAUAGGUAUGAAAUAACAAUAUUAUUCUCACUGCUUUCUUUAGUUCUUAAUAGUUAAUUCCAUGGGAAUGAACAAGUAUUGGAUUCUGUUU